AUGGAAGACAAACAGAGGAUAAGAAGCUAUAAAGAGAGGAUUCUGCAGUGCCUUAUUAUAGUGUAUUUUUGGAAUGCAGCUUCUGCACAGAUCCACUACUCCAUUCCAGAAGAGAUGCAGAAAGGAUCUUUUGUGGGGAAUAUUGCAAAGGAUCUGGGAACAGAAGGGAAACAACUUUCAGAUCAUGGACUCCGCAUUGUAGCCACUAUAGGUAAGGUUCAGUAUUUUUCUUUGAAUGCCAACAAUGGUCAUUUACAGACCUCUGAGAGAAUAGACAGAGAGGCAAUCUGUGGACAAGCAGAGAAGUGCAUCUUACAUUUUCAGGUUAUUGUUGAGAGUAAAAGAAAAUUGUAUAGAGUUGAAGUGGAAAUUACAGAUAUAAAUGACAAUGCCCCUCACUUCCCUCCAGGGGAACAUGAAGUGAAAGUCAAUGAGAUAGCUAUCCAGGGCUCUCGGUUUCCUCUACCUGAAGCUCAAGAUCAAGAUCUUGGCAUGAAUUCUGUGCAGAGUUACCAGCUCACAGGCAGUAGCCAUUUUUCUCUGGGUGUGAAAAUGGGAGAAAAUGGUGCCAAGCACGUGGAGUUGGUGCUGGAAAAAAUGCUCGACAGGGAAGAGCAAUCAAUGUAUGAACUAAUCCUCACAGCUACUGAUGGAGGUGAUCCAGUCAGGACUGGCACAGCUGAAAUCAAAAUAAUUGUUUUAGAUGUGAAUGACAAUGCACCAGUCUUCAGUCAACCACUCUAUGCAGUGGCCAUUGAAGAGAAUAUUCCUAAAGGGUCCACGAUCUGUAGAAUUAGAGCUGUCGAUCUGGAUGAAGGAAUCAAUGGAGAGCUAAAAUACUUCUUCAAAAAAGCCACCAAGAAUGACUCGCAGAUGUUUCUUUUAAACUCAACAACUGGCAUGAUAACAGUCAUGGGGGACAUUGACUUUGAGGUAUUGUCCUUUUAUGAAUUUGAAGUACAUGCUGAGGACUUUGGAGGACUAUCUGACAGGGCAAAGGUUGAGAUCACAGUUACAGAUCUGAAUGAUAAUGCCCCUGAAUUAGCAGUUUCCUUUCACUCAAACACCAUCAAUGAGAACUCACCAACUGGAACUGUUAUUGCUAUUUUAAAUGUAGAAGAUCGAGAUUCAGGAAUUAAUGGUGAAGUCACAUGUUUAAUUUCCCAAAUUCUGCCUUUUCAGCUGAAAAAAUCCAUUGAUAACUUUAACAGUUUGGUGACAGUUGAUACCCUUGACAGAGAACAGAUGAAAGAUUAUAACAUCACAGUCACAGCCACAGACCAUGGGACACCCUCCCUUUCUACUUCCAUUAUCAUUCCACUCCAAAUUUUAGACACAAAUGACAACCCUCCCCUCUUCCCGCAACCAUCCUACAUUUCCUACCUCAUGGAGAAUAACCAAAGAGGUGCUUCUAUCUUCUCACUCAAGGCAAAUGAUCCAGACUGGGAAGAGAACUCCAGAAUAAAGUAUUCUAUUAUAAAAGGUCAAGUGGGUGAUUUCCCUUUCUCUUCCUUCCUCUCCAUUAAUUCUGAAACUGGGAUUAUUUAUGCCUUGAGUUCCUUUGAUUAUGAAGAAUUUCAAGAAAUUAACUUCCUGGUCAAGGCCCAAGAUGGUGGCUCCCCACCACUCAGCUCCAAUGUCUCAGUGACUCUCUUCAUCCUGGAUCAAAAUGAUAAUACCCCAGAAGUCUUGUACCCUUCCCUUCCCACUGAUGGCUCCACUGGGAUAGAGCUCGCCCCUCGCUCCUCUGAGCCUGGAUAUCUGGUCACUAAGGUGGUGGCAGUGGAUGCAGACUCUGGCCAGAACGCCUGGCUCUCCUAUCAGCUACUGAAGGCCACAGAGCCAGGCCUCUUCACCAUAGGACUCCACACUGGAGAGAUCAGGACAGCUCGUUUCUUUCUGGACAAGGAUGCUCUCAAGCAAAGCCUGGUGGUUUUAGUGAAGGACAAUGGGCAGCCCCCUCUCUCUGCCUCCGUCACGGUCACUGUGGUGCUGGCCGACAGCAUUCCUGAAAGCCUCUCUGAUAUUAGCAGCAUCUCAGUUCCUGUAGACCCUCAGUCGGACCUCACCUUCUACCUGGCGGUUGCUGUGGCUUUUGUCUCCUGCUUGUUUUUCACUUUCCUUCUUGUGUUGCUGGCACUCAGACUUCACAGAUGGAGGAAUUCUCAGUUGUGUGCUUCUGGAAGUAUGAAUUUCAGUGGAGUCCCUGUUUCCCAGUUUGUGGGGAUCGAAGGGGUCCGAGCAUUUCUUCACUCUUAUUGCCAAGAACUUUCUCACACCACAGACUCUAGGAAAAGCCAUUUCAUCACUUCUAAGGCAAAUGAUUUCAAUACUCUGAAAAAUCAGUUGACCAGUGAUCCUGUCGAAGCUUCUGAUGAUUCAAAUUUGAAUUGUGGGGAUCUGAUCGUAGUUCAGUUUAAUGGUAUGGCAGACAGUGACUUCUUGAUGCCUUCAGUAACAAGUACAUCUGCUGUUCGAAAACAGGGAUCGGAGGCAUUAUGUAUCAGCUAA